GAAAUGUGAGGGGUGUACUUACUUUUGUGAGAUGUUGUAUAUUCUUGUCUUAAAAUAUUGUUGUCCAUAUUGUUUGUUACGGCCUUCUACUAUAAGCCCUGUCUAGUGACAUGGGUAGAGCCAUGCAUAGAGGUAGUGUCAGGUUUUUGUUAAGAUCAAGCUUAUUCUAGGGUGAUGGGUAGGGUCAGAUCAAUGUAAUUCAAGGGUCAUGGGUCGGGCCACAUCAAGAAUAUUUUAAGAUAAUGGGUAGGGCCAAAUCAAGGUUAUCUAGAGUUGUGGAUAGGGCCAGAACAAGGUUAUCUAGGGUCAUGUGUCGGACCAGAACAAGGUUAAUCUAGGGUCAUAAGUAGGGACAAAUUUAGGGGUCUUCAACCUUGCUCCUGGAGAGCUACUGUCCUGGUUGCUACUGUCACUCCAUAUAUAUUCAGCCUCAUUCAGUUAUUAACUGUCUAAUUAUUAGGUGUGCUAAAAAAGAAAACACCAGAGACAGUAGCUCUCCAGGAGCAGGGUUGGAGACCCCAGUGUCAAGGGUCAUGGGAAAGGCCAGAUCAAGUUUUUUAAGGUCAUGGAAAGGGCCAGAUUAAGGUUGUCUAGGUAUCAUGGGUAGGGCCAUGGUUAGACAAAUUAGUGAAGAAAAGAACACAUUUAGACAGCCUAAUUAUUUUUUUCUGUUGAGCAUGAAACAAAGAGAAAGUGGAAGUAAAGAGUCAGUUUGAAGGUUUACAGGAAUUCAUCAAGCUCAACACAUCACUGCAUCUCCUUCUACUGACUUUUGAAGAAGCUUGAUUGGGGAUCAUCUGAAGUGUUGACACUGGAACAUCUUGUUUUACUUUGUAUCUUUUUUUCUACUUCUAACACUGGACUGCAACUUUCAGGAAGACAACCAGGUGUUGUGUAAAAUUUACUCUAAAGGACAACCAACACUGUUCAAGGCAGAUCAUCCCAAAUCUUCGGAAAGGAGCAACAGCUUCCCAAAAGGCAAUACGAUGCUGUGUGACAAAGGAGAAGCAGUACAAAAGGCGAGAGGAAACACCAAACUCGAUGGAAGACAGACUGAGCCUGGGGUCAAGAUGGGGUCAGAGACAGGGACAUGGGUCAUGACAGUGGGGGUAGCUGUUGGGGUACUAAUGGCAUCCAUGAUACCUGUACGGGAAUGGGCGGAUGUGGAAGGUGGGGCAGUGGUGGUAUCAGGGCUGGUGUCGGGGUUGGUGUCAGGAGUGGUGUCAGGAGUAGUUUCAAGGGUCGUUUUAUGCCUAGUGCCAAUGUUAGUGUCAAUGGUAGUUUCGUGGUUAAUGUCAGUGGUAGUGCCAAAGUUAGGCUCCAUGGUAAUGCCAAGGUGGAUGUUAAUGGUGGUUUUAAGGUCUGGCCAAGCAGUGAAAUGGGCAGUGCCUUGGAUGGAGGUACUGUCUGUAAAAUUUUUUAAUUCACAGCUAAUGUCAACUUUAGGGUCAUGGGUUGGGCAGUGGGCAGAGUUAGCAGUGUGGGUGCUACAGGGCUUUGAGUCACUAUCAGGGAAAGUGUCAAAAUUAGGGCUAAUGCCAGGGUUAGUGUCUGGCUUGGUGUCAGGGGUAGUCUCUGGGUUAGGGCUAGUUCCAGGGAUUGAGGUUGUGUCAGGGGUCGUCUCAUGGGUCGUGUCAUGGGUUUUGCCAGGGGUUGUAUCAUUGUUAGGACUCCUGCCAGAUGUUGUGUCAAAUCUAGUGCCAGGGUCAGUGUCAGGUUUGGUGUCAGGGUUAGUGUUAGGUGGAGUGUCAAGGGGAGUGUCAGGUGGAGUGCCAGGGGUAGAGGAAGUUCAAAGGUUAUUGUCAGCUGUAGAGACAGUCCCAGGGGGAGUGUUAGUGUCAGUGUUAGUGUCAGUGUUAGUAUCAGGAGUUGUCCCAUGGACAGUGACAGCCUUGGUAGUAAUGCUUUGGUUGGUGUUAUGGAUCAUGUCAAAGGUAGCUGUAGAUGUAAUGUCAGCAUUAAUGCCAUGGAUAAUGUUAAUGUUAGGUGUAGUUGUUGCAGUGUUAAAAUUUGGUACUGCUGGUGUAAUAUGGCUAAUGUCCAGUACAGUGUCAGGGUUAGGGGCUUUUGCAGGCUGGCUGUCAUGGCUGAUGUCAUGGCUGAUGUCAUGGCUGAUGUCAUGGUGUGUAUCAUUAGUGUCUGGUCUGCUGUCAGGGAUAUUGCUGGUUGCAGCAGUGACAGUGGCAGUGAAAAGGGGAAUGUUCACUUCAUCCCAUAUUACAGAUAACAUUACCUUAAAAACAACAGGUUUUUUGACACACGUUGAGGGAAUGAAUGUGUCAGGAAGAGUGUUGUUUUGGGUCCUGUGCGUGUGUGUGGUAUUGUUAGGGGUAGCAGCUUUGAGAGCGUCAGGGAUUUGGGCAGUGGCCAUGAUAUUAGGAGGGAUAGCUGUGGGCUUAUGGGUAGAUAAAGAGGUAUAGAUAUGUUUUCUGGAAUGGCACUGAGAACGGUGAAAUGAAGGAGCUCUUCAGUGUCCUCUAGCAUCAUUUGUUUAUUGUGGUUGGAAAGCAGAAACACGUACUCAGUAGAAACAUAUCUAGUAGAACCAUCAAUGUGAAUAAGUGUAGAUCUUUUUGUCAGUUUAUUGUUUUCUUGUGAUUUCUAUUUCUUCAGCAAUUGUUCCUUUUAUUUCAUCUAUAGAAACAGAACAUGCUUGUCCUCCACAAAAAGAAAAUAACUUUUAUGUCGGUUUUAGAUUAUGGGGAUAUUAUCUACAUGCUAUGACAUCCACACUUAAACCGCUGGAUGCUACUUAUCAUUGUGCACAAAGGUUUAUUGCGGGUGCUAGCUACAGAAAUCACAAAGUGUAGGCUGGACUUCUCUGUCCUUGAGAUGAGAACAACAAGCUCUCGUGUUUGUCUAUAAAGCACUUCCAAAUAAACUACCUACUUAUUUUUGUUCACUUAUCAACAUUAGAAAUAUAACUCAUAAAACCAGAUCUCAAGUCUGGAUUACACUUGAGGCCCCUGCUAUCUCCACAGACAUGGGUAUGACUGCCUUUUUCUGUCUUCAUCCUUGCUUAUGACCAAAUUUUAACUUUGAACUCUUGUCCCCCUUGCCCAUUUUAAACAUUUAUUAGACAUUUUAUGUUUCUGUGUUGCUUGUAACAACUUUGGGUAAUGCAACAAACUAUCUGCAUAAGACAUCGAUGCAGGGCAGGAACCAGUUUUGGGAACUGUAAUUCAUCAAGGAUGAAUAUAAAACGCCAUGGCAUAAUUGUAUUAUCUCACUAAAGGACUGACAAGUUGAUCCAAGCGCUGGAGGGCAAGGAUGGCGAUACUGGGGUGUUUAGUCACCCUGGAGACAGACCGUUGGGUAAGACAUCGAUGCAGGGAUUUUCUCACGAAAGGACUGACAAGUUUAUCUAAGCCCUGAGGGUGCAAGGAUUGACAUACUGGGGUGGUUAGAGUUCCCUUGGAGGCUACUUGUAAACUUUAACAAUCCGCUGCAGUAUAGUUUUUAUACUUUAUAUAUUACUGGCUUUGUACUAUCUGUGGUUGUUUUGUUUUGUUUGUUUUAUGUAAUUUCUUAAUCAUUGUCUUGUUUCGUCUGUACCCUGUGCUUUUCUUAAUCAUUUAACCUAAACUGUAUAUGUAAACAUCUACAUGCAGGGCCCAGCUGUAAAAGAGACAUUGGUCUCAGUCUGUGUUCCUUGUGGAAAUAAAGGUUUAAUAAUUAACAAUUUUAAAAUAUUGUUAUAAAAGUCAAUGUAUUGACAAGAUAAUUAAAAAGUGUAAUACCAGAUAUAAGUACAAAAUAAACUAAGA